AACAUUUGCAGCUGCCAUGAAACAUCAUUACAUCCUAUCAUCUUUUAAAACAAAAAACUGGAAAAAAAAAUUGAGUUGAAUUCAUUUAGGGUAAAUCCUUGAAGAUCCCAACUAAUUCCAAGUUCUGGGAAGAGAUUAUGGGAAAAACUAUUAGCUGCUCUGUUUUAUUAGCUUUAGUAUCUUGUUUUCUAUUGCAGUUUGGUACUGCUUUAGACACCAUAACACCAUCAAAGUCCAUCAAAGACACUGAGGUUAUAAUCUCCCAGAAUGGUGUUUUCCGAUUGGGAUUCUUCAGCUUGGCUAACUCCAGCAAUCGUUAUGUAGGGAUAUUGUACCAUCAAAUCCCCGUACAAACUGUUGUAUGGGUGGCAAAUAGAAACAGGCCUCUCAAAGACUCUUCUGGGAUUCUCAACAUAUCAGAUGAUGGCAACCUUGCUGUUUUGAAUGGCAAAAAUGAGAUUCUCUGGUCAUCAAAUGUUAACAAUACAGCUCCUAGUACGACAACUGCCCAGCUUAGAGACUCAGGAAACCUCGUCCUCAGUAAUGGUGACGAUGCAGGAAGCAGCUUAUGGGAGAGUUUUGAAGAUCCUUCUAAUGCCUUCAUUGAAACUAUGGAGAUCAGCACUGAUGUUAAAAAGGGUCGUAAAGUGGAGCUGAAAUCAUGGAAAAGCAUUGAUGAUCCAUCUGAUGGUAACUUUUCUCUUGGUAUUGAACCUUUCAAUAUCACAGAGCUUGUCAUUAGGAACAAUAACCAGCUCUAUUUUCGGAGUGGUCCAUGGAAUGGGAAUAUCUUUAUUGGCUUAAUACUUAUGUACACCGAUUAUCUUGAUGGGUUUGAGGUUGUUGCAGAUAAUCCACAACAACCGGACUCUAUGACUUAUGAAUUUUCUAAUGAGUCUAUGUUGAUAUACUAUGAAUUAGAUUCUCAAGGAAAAUUCGUUGAACGAGAAUGGGAUGCGGGGAAAGGGGAAUGGAGUAAAAAUUACCCUGUUAUUCAAAUAGAUUGCGAUGUUUAUGGGAAGUGUGGGGCAUUUGGGAUAUGUGAUUCAACGAAAGAACCCAUUUGCAGUUGCUUAAAAGGGUUUAAGCCUAGGAAUAUAGAGGAAUGGAGUAGAGGUAAUUGGAGUAGUGGGUGUAUUAGGACUACCCUUCUGCAGUGCGAAAGGGAUAACAACAAUGGGAGUGGAGCAGGACAAGGAGAUGAUGGCUUUUUGGAGAUGAAGAUGAUGAAAGUGCCGGCAUUUCCGGCCCGGUCAUCAAUAAUUAACGGCGAGUGCAAAGAUCAAUGCAUGAACAUGAAGAAUUGUUCGUGCGUGGCUUAUGCGUAUGAUUCUGGCAUUGGUUGCAUGAUGUGGAGUGGAGAUUUGAUUGAUGUCCAGAAAUUCUCCACUGGCGGAGUCGAUCUUUACAUUCGUCUGCCAUCUUCUGAACUGGAUAAAGGGAAAAGUAGUAAGAUCAUUGUUAUUACAACAGUAAUUGCGGGCAUAGUAGUUAUUACAAUUUCUGCACUCUUCUUAUGGCGUAGGAUGGCUAAACAUAAAGGAAGGAAUAAAAAACGAAAACAAAUCAAACACCAAUUUUGUAGUGAAAAUAUAGGAGAAAAUUCAAUUGGAGUUAAACUCCAGCAGCUGCCAAUAAUCAAUUUCGAAGAAAUUGCCACCGCGACAAACAACUUCAAUCACGCAAAAAAGCUAGGGCAGGGUGGCUUCGGUCCAGUUUCAGGAUUACUUGGCUGUUGUGUUGAAGGAGAAGAGAAGAUACUCGUCUAUGAAUAUAUGCCCAACAAAAGUUUGGACACUUUUCUCUUUGAUACAACUAAACAAGAUGUCUUGGAUUGGAGAAAACGCUUCGACAUUAUUGAAGGGAUUAGUCGAGGAUUGCUUUAUCUUCAUAGAGAUUCAAGACCAAAAAUUAUACACAGAGAUUUAAAAACAAGUAACAUUUUACUCGACGAAGAAUUAAACCCAAAAAUUUCAGAUUUUGGGAUGGCCAAGAUUUUCGGAGGCAAUGAAAAUCAAGCCAACACUAAAAGGGUUGUUGGAACUUAUGGUUAUAUGCCUCCUGAGUAUGUAAUGCAAGGUCAAUUUUCAGAGAAAUCAGAUGUCUUCAGUUUUGGAGUUCUAUUGCUAGAGGUUGUUAGCGGAAGAAGAAACACAAGAUUUUACAACGAUCAAUAUGCACUUAGCCUCUUGGGAUAUGCAUGGAAAUUAUGGAGGGAAGGAGAUAUUUGGGGCAUAGUAGACAAAGUGAUUUUAGAGUCAGAAUCAUAUUCAAAGAAUGAAAAAGAAAUAUGGAGAUGCAUACACAUUGGAUUGCUAUGUGUUCAAGAAUUUGCCAAAGAUAGACCCACUAUGCCUACUGUCGUUUCAAUGCUUAACAGUGAGAUUUCAAACCUUAGCACUCCAAAACAACCUGCUUUCACUCAAACACCAUUAACUACCCAGGAUGUUGAAGAUGGGUUUUCACUUAAUUAUGUAACUCUUACGGACUUUGGUGGCCGAUAAAAAUGCAAAUUAAUUGUUUGUAUUGUUUACAAAUUAAGUUUUAAGUAUUGAAAUUUAUGUAUCUUAAUGCUUGGAUCGAGUUGCUUUUGAGAUGUAAACCUAAUUGAGUUUUCUUAAUUAAUAUUGAGAAUUUUCAACCUAAA